AACAAAACCAAUACAAGCCAGCAGCAGCGAUAACAUUUUUAGAGCGCCAAAUAAAACAAAUAAACAAACACAAACGAACUGUUAUCAAAAGCAGCCGCUGCUCCAAUCCAAUCCAAUCCACUUCACUUCACUUCACUUGCCUCCAAUCAGUGCCAUGUCCUCCGGAAAGAUUCUGCCGCGUCGCCAGGCGGUGCCCGUCCUCUACACACGCGGCACCCACUAUGAGGUUGGCUUCGAUAUGGGCCGCACGUUUGGCUCGAUGAUUAAGAACUUUUUGCUCUUAUCGAAGACACUGAUCGAGACGUACUUGCCCCUCUAUCAGUCCCCAAAAGGCAAGCAAAUCUACAAUGAGACCCUGGAGUCGGUGAAGGAGAGUUUCCCCCAGUACAUACGCGAGCUGGAGGGCGUGGCCGAUGGUGCGGAGGUGGAAUUCCAUAAGCUCUUUCUGCUGCAUCUGGAUGACAUCUUGCCGCAGGCCCUGAAGCUGCAGCCGCGCAACAAGAACCAGCCGACCGGCUGCUCCACCAUUAUUGUCAACCAAAAGAAUUGCCGACUGCUGGGCCACACCGAGGACGCCCUCACGGAGGCGCUCAAUCAUUAUUAUUUUGUUGUGGCGCACAUCGUCAGCGACAAGCCGCAGGGCAAGUACAACGUCAAGGAGGAGCACUUCAUGUCGCUGUGCUAUGCGGGCCACCUGCCCGGCUACACCAUGAACCAGAAUCACCACGGACUGGUCUUCAGCAUCAACACAAUCAGCGCGGAGCUGCUGCGCAGCGGCAAGACACCGAGACACUUCCUGACACGAGCUCUGCUGGCCACCAGCAACGUGGACGAUGCCUUCAGGGUGCUCAGGGACGCUGGCGUGGGGGCAGCCGACGCCUGCUCCAUUAACUUCACCUUCUUGGCCGAUCCGCGCCAGAUGUUCUACAACGUGGAGAUGGCCCCAUCGCCAGACCGCAAGAAUGAGUCGCUUCUGAACAUCAAGGAGAUACCCCUGGGCGAGCACAACUACCAUGUGAAUCAAUUCGAUCGCAUACGCCAGGAUCAGGCGAACGCCCUGAUGGUCGAUUCCAGCGUAUCGCGCAUGCGGGUAUUCGGCAGCUACAAGCCGCCAAUGAGCGAGCAGGAUGUGCGCCACAUGCUGGGCGACGUCUCUGGCGGAGAGUACUGCGUGUGGCGGGAGAAUGGUAGCUGCGACGAGGUGGUCAAGACCAUUGCCGUUGGCGUCUUCGAUCUGAGCGCCAGGACCGUGUCCCUCUAUUCGGACAAUCCCGGCGAGACGGAGCCCCACUGCAGGCUGCCACUGCUCUUCAAGUAGCUUUAAAUGCGGCAAAUUUUAUGUUUAGCAAAGUUCAUCAAAUGGCGGUAUUUUUUUUUUU